AUUUACAUUAAACAGAUUCUUUGGAGGAAGCUAUAACAUGGAACUGUGUGGAGAUCUUAUGCAUUCAGAAAUGAUUUGCUCUUUUGUAAUUGCAAAAGUUGCCUCACAGUUGUAUCCAGAAAUUGAUCCGGCAUUUAUUGAAAGGAAUGGAGAUGAAAUAUCUAAAAGUUGGACAAUCUUGAAUAACCAAGGUGUUCACCACGAACUCAUAUAUAACCAAAAGUCGUUUCACCCACUCAUUAUUAGUGGCUGGCCUUGUCUUCAAUGUUAUUACGAUCUACCUGCCGAUGUUGUUUUGAAAGUGGGUUAUUAUGGUAACAACAACUAUGGUCUUUUAUCAAUUAAGGAGGUUGUGAGAGAUCAGGAUUUACCACGAUUUCACAGUAGAUAUGUUAUGCACAAGGAUAUACGUGUGUUUGACGUCAUUUUGCCUCCAUUCGGCGUAGAUCUGCCAAAAUUUAAAUUGCAGGAGGAUUUUGCAACCACACUGAUAGAGCAUGGAUACGAACAUAUUGUGUUGUGUGGUGACAACGGGAAGCCUUGUUCGAUGUCGGUAUUAAAAUUUGGAGCACCUAUGCGCAUGAAGUUAGGAUAUGGAUGGGAUGAGUUUUGUAAGGCCAACAACUUCAAGGUUGGCGAUAGACUACAAUUUAGAUUUGAUGUAACUUCUUUGAACAGAAGGUGUUAUGUAUAUUUAUUUUCGUACCCUUACUAAAUAUAUGGGUGUGUGUCAUGGCAAUUCAAACUAUGUAACUUCAAUUUGGUCUUUAUGAACAU